AGGAACGCAAGAGAACGAUGAUAAGUAUGGACGUUUCUUUCCGGAGAGGCGUAAUGAGCGGGCGGCCAGCCAACUGUUUGGGUUUUUGGUUUAUUUUGCUACUUCUAGAGGUACAACAAAUUAUCUUUUCGAUGUUUUCGGUUCCUACCAUCACCAUGGCUUCCCCUUUCGUCGGCGGUGCGCAGCUUCCGCUGCCCAGCUCGACGCGCUUUGUACAACAUCAAACGCGGCCUUCGUCCGUCAGUGGCCAAAGCGUCGCCGGCAGCAGUUGUUCUACUUGUACUGCCACGAGGGCCACACCGGCAAUAAACUACUACCUCGAAGAUCAUGAUCCUGUCGCCUACAGCUCCCAGGACAAGCGGCAACAGAGUGCGAACGCGUUGUUUCAGUACCGGCCGCCCGCGAGACAGCCGCCCAACCCGCUUCUCUCUCGGUCGAUCCCCUCCGUGAGCGGCGCAGCGGAGGCCCAGAGCUUGCAGGACUGGAAGACCUCUUUGCGGCCACUGAGUCGGGCGAGGAACCUGGCACCCACGCACGAAGUUUCGCGGCUGCUGGUAUUAAGAGGAAAUAUCUGCCCUCCCCAUACUGGAAUCGAGAUUUGUGUAGCAUGAUUUGUGACCACAAAUCAUGUUGUCAUGCUAGAAGGGAAGAGAUGCGGAUUGUAGUGCUGGCUGGCGUGGGAAAGCCGUGCGUCUGCAGCAUGACAGGAAGCAACUGGAAACGGGAAACAGCAUGACAAAUCGCCUGCAAUUAAUGCCGCAGCUGCGUCUUUCGGCCUUCUAGCAAUACAAGUCGACUUCGAUGUACUGAAAUACAGCUGCAUCACAAAUUUCGGGUGUCGAUAUGGGGAGGGGGGAUUUUUCCUUUUGAUAGCUGGUGAGUCAUACUUCCAUUUUUUCCACCACGUCGAGUCAAGUCUCGGCGAUGGAGAGAGUAUGGAUUGCAAAAAUGUCUGGGUCUGGAAGAAUGCAGGAGUUUGUCAUGCAGAUUUUGCAUGACCCAUGAGGUCUGUGAUGCAUACCUUAGCAUCAGAGAUCAUGCGAGGGCUUUCUGAUGCUCAUACUGCAUGAGAAAUGCCCUCUCCGCGUAGCACAAAUUACACCUCUUUUGCUGUUCAUGCAAUACAGAUUUUAUGUAGAGUCCAAAGGUAGCAUCACAAGUUGCAUCCUUCCACACCCAGACAUUUUUACAUUUGAUAGAGAGAGGAUUUGUACAACUGUGGUCCAAGAACACCAAGCGAGGACAGGCAUUUUCUCAAAAAGCACACAGGUCGCGACUGCAGUACUUGCGCGGGAAACCGCGACCGCAGAUGCACGACCUCAGUCAACGUCUUCCCAGCUUGCUCGUCGAGAGGAAACAGGGCCGAUCAUGAUCAUGCCAGGUCACAGAGUCGUGCUCCAGACCCAAAGGAGGCGAGCGGCUGUAGUUCCGGCGCUUCCGAUGAACCAUUUGCAGGUCCUGAUUACAACGCGACGGGCCGCAACGUAAUGCUUUCUGAAUUAUGUGCCGAAGAUCACAAUAAUUCCGCGCCACGUCGCAGUAGAAGUUACUCGCACUGGGAAGAUGAAGGAGGGGGCAGUAGAGAGGAGUGGGAACAACAUCAACUACGCGGACCACGACUGGAUGAUAGCAGCUCCUCCUCGUGGCAGGAGCUACCAUAUGAUGAAGAAGGAGGGCAUCGUCCUCACGACCGUGUAGAGCGCAAUCUCAACCGCCGGUCACCGCAAGGGCGUCAUUCGUUUUCUAAGAAACGCAGCGCGGAGCGGUUCAGCCGUAGUACGUUUGCUGAAGUUUAUCAAGACAGCACCAGCGACGACGCAGCACCAAUUGGAGGAGGAGAAGAGACCACGGAAGUGAUAGAAGAGCGUUACAUCCCGCACCUGUCGCCGGCGCUGCGCAAAGUGUACUGUGCCGAGCCUCCGCAGUUCUUUGACCGGCUACGACAAUAUAACGAUUUCACAGAAGGUGCGCGGCGGGAGCUGCGCCGACUCGUGCUGAACGAAGAGAAUAAACCGAUUUUACUUCCUGGUUGUGCUCAGAGGAGCGACGCGCAGUUUAUUAGCUCCAGAAGUUCUGACCAAGAUCUGUCUGAGGACGACGAAGAGCAAGAUAUCGAUUUACUUACGCUCUCCCCCACCACGCGCGCUCCGUCGCAAUCCGACGUGCUGACGCAGUGUGACGAACAAUCACCGGUGCGAGGAGGCUUUUCACAAAAUAGAACUCCUUCCAGUUUUCUGCUUUCGGGGGAGCACCGACGACUGGCCGCGGAGAGCGCGGCUGCUGGGACGAGACUUCUGACGGAGGUUGAAGGAAUUGACGACUUUUCAUCUCCGUCCGGGCAACCAGCGGAAGAUUUUGCGCACGUGGAAUCGCUGCGACAGUUCUUCGAGCGUUUCCGGCUGGAGUGCAAAGAGCGAGGACUUGCGAAUUUUGGUGUCGAUUUGGAUUCCGCAGACGAGGCGGCGGGGAGCAAAAGCGGGGAGCGCGGCGAUUUUGCGGGCGACGGCGCGCAGGAACUUUUGCCUACGCUCACAGAAGUGGUGGAAGACAUCAUUGAAGAGCAAGAUGCGUUACAGGAGGAUCUUGCCGGGAAAUUCGGCAUAGCACCAGCUUCCCUUGACAUCAGAAAACCGGGAGCUAGACGCAGCAGCGGACGAACGACCGCAGCUGCGGGCGGCUACAGCUGCGACACACACGCUUUCACAGUGGAGAAGCUGAAACGGAAGGCGUUGCACAUACAGCGGGAAUUGGAGGCGCAGCGCGAGCGCGACCGGGGCAUACGGCUGCCGAAGAACGCGGACGGCCUGUUCGGCGUCGCGCCGGCGUACCGGAAAAAGCCGUUCAACAAAACCGCGGGUGUUUGCAAGUUGCACGGCGUGCAGGCCUGUUCGGAAUGCAUCGCGGAGUACAACACCGAGAAGCGCGUGCACAAGUGGUGCGAGGCUUGUUGGCAUCUUGAUCAAGCACGGGCGGAAUUUUGUUGUGCGUACCCGGAACGACCGGUGCCUGCCUUUUUGCAGUCGUACCGCGAGCGGCAUUACGUGGAAGGAUGUGUUGAAAGGAGGAGGAGAAGGGGACACUGAAGCGAUUAGACCUACUACUUACUGCCUUGACACGAGGUGCGGCCGUGAUUGCCGUUUCGACAUGCUACUGCAUUGAACAUUGCGAAGACUAGCAAGUGCGCGGCCACUGCGUAUACGGCAGUCUAGCGUGAGGGGCCUCUCAGUCGGAUUUUUCACUACACGUUUGCGAAAGAGUAU